AUGGAAGCUUUGUCUUGCUUGUUGAAGAAAGCUAAAGAGAUUGGUGUUCUUAGAGGUAUCAAUUUUACCGAUCAUGGAGCCAACAUUACGCAUUUAUUCUACGCAGACGAUGCUCUUAUUAUGGGAGAAUGGUCCCGUGAAAACCUUCAGAACACAGCUCGGAUCUUAAGGGUUUUUUACAUGUGCUCGGGUCUUCGUAUUAACAUUCACAAAUCUAAUUUGUUUGGUGUUGGGACCGAUGACAUUGAAGUUGAUAACAUGAUGGAGGUGUUGGGUUGUAAAAGAGGGGAUUUUCCGUUUGUUUAUCUAGGGAUCCAAGUUGGUGUGAACAUGUCUCGGAUAAGCAAUUGGAACAUGGUGAUUGAAGUGAUAAAGAGGCGCUUGGAGUCUUGGAAGGCUAGGACAUUAUCUAUAGCGGGCCGAUUGGUUCUCAUUAAAGCGGUUCUAGAAAAUCUUCCGAUUUAUUACCUAUCCCUUUACCAAACUCCGGUGGCGGUGAUUUAA